CUUUCACUUCCGCUCCACCCGCUUUGUUUGUCACUUCAGCUGGUUUGAAUUCUUCCUCAGAGGGACUUCCUCCUUCACACACACACACACACACAGGUUGUAUACUCUGAACACUAAAGUACUGCGCCACACACUCUGGGUAUUUGUACUUCUCUGGAGCUUUUCAACCCCUCGCUGAGCUGCAGGAGUCGAGCUCAGACGGUUGUUACUGGUGUGUAAAUCCUAAACCAAAGUGAGAGUCGAUGAAGAAAGGACGUGCUGGCUGUUAAACAGGUUUUUCCUUCCUGUUUUGGAUCAGCUGUUGGGCUGCGAUGGCAGAGGCACAGAAAGACACCAAAGACCCGACUGAGCCUGACGGGACCACUCAGGAUCCAGACAAGCCCUCCUGUGGGUCCAGGUUAACCACUAAGGAGCUGCAGCAGAACUGGAGGGAGGUGAAGCAGAGGGACCGACCCGUCAGGCUGCUCUUUGAGAUCUCAUCCACUCGGAUUGUUGAACAGCAUCUGACUAAAUAUGUGGUGUACGAGAUCGUGGUGAUGCGUUCUGGCAGCUUCGAUUCUCGCCGUGUGUCUGUGGAGCGCCGAUACAGCGACUUUUCCCGCUUUCACCACACAUUGCUGGAGGAGUUCAGUGAGGAGCUGGAGGAGGUGGUUCUCCCCCGAAAACUCCUGACUGGGAACUUCAGCCCUGAAAUCAUCUCGGAGCGCCGUCUCUCCCUGCAGGACUAUCUGGCCAAACUGUACGCGAUCCGCUGCAUCCGGCAGUCACCUCAUUUCUCCAGAUUCUUCACCGAGCAGGAGCAGAAGCGAGCGCACACCUUGCUGCGGGCGGGACAGUUUCGGCCGGCUGUGGAGCUUCUGCAGACCAUCUUAGAUAUUGAGGAGAAGCUUUUACCGUGGCAGAAGCCCACCCUGGUUGUACCGACCCUCUGCGCCCUGGCGGUCUGUUACCGGGAUCUGGAUGAACCAGAGCAGGCAUUUGCGGCUGCCCAGAGAGCUCUGCCUCCGGUGAGACGCUACGGACUGAAAAACUACAGAUCAGCUCUGUUGGACCUGCUCAUGAAUUUGGGCUAUCAGCUGGGACGUCCUGUGGCUCAGUUACAGGAGGAGCUGACUGUCCUGAGAGACGCCGAGAGGGGGGAGGUGUCCUCCCACUCCCUGAAGGAGAUAGUGGUCCACGAGUUCACCUGAGGAGGGGACUGGAACCCACAAAACUCCAAAGAUGAAUCACUGACUGAAUCUGAAGCUCAGAUAAUAAACAGUCAGAGUCA